AUGGCUGCUCCGUCGAGUCCUCUUUACGGCGAAAACCACGCCGGCCUUGCCCAUGAAGAUGAUGACCACUUCUACGAUGAUAAGGACCACUCCCAGGGAACGCCCUCGAACGAUCCGAAACAUAUGCAGAAGAGACGACGGGUGACCAGAGCCUGCGAUGAAUGCAGACGCAAAAAGAUCAAGUGCGAUGGGAAACAGCCGUGUACUCAUUGCACUGUGUAUAGUUAUGAAUGCACCUACGACCAACCGUCAAAUCGUCGCCGGAAUCCUGCCCCACAGUAUGUGGAAGCCCUCGAAAAUCGUCUGCACAAGGCCGAAGCUCUCAUCCGAGUUGUCCUUCCGGAUAUCAAUCUCGACGACCCCCAAUUCGAUUUGCAUGCGACGGAACAAAUGCUGGCAACAUCCAAAAAGGACAAGCAACAACCGCUGCAGCCACAGACACCGUCGCAAUCCCAACAGCCUGUCCCAAUCGCACCCCGAUCACCUGUUCCACCGCAACCGGCGCAGGCCCAAGAAAACCCAGAUGACUCAAUGCUGGAGACCAUGGUUGAUAGUGCGGGCCUUUUGGAUCUUGAUGACCAGGGCCAUUGGGAUUAUCACGGGCAUACUUCGGGCAUCAUCUUCCUACAGCGACUGCGAAAGCAACUCGGGGCGUCCGAUAUCCAACCACCUCCAAUGGGGUCGCGGCCGAUGCCGCCCAUGCUGGACAGUCCCAGAUCAGUGGGCGAUUCGCCGCAAGAAUCCUCGAUACCUCCUACGCAUGAUCUCCCACCACGGAACGUCGCGCGACGGCUGUGCCAUAAUGCCUUUGAAGAUGGCUGCUCUCUGAUGCGAUUUGUCCACGAGCCCUCGUUUUAUGCCAUGUUAGAUCGGAUUUAUGAUACCCCUGCUGAACAGUACAGUAAUGAAGAGCACUCGUUCCUUCCGCUUCUUUAUAUUGUCAUGUCCGUCGGUUGUUUGUUUUCGGAUGAUGGGGCUGGUACCCUCGAUGUGUCGGGCUACGAGACUGCAAUUGGUCAGGGCUUCCAAUUCUUCAAAGCUGGAAGGCAGCUGUUGGAAAUCACCGAUUGCCGGGAUUUGACCUCGUUACAAGCCAUCUGUUUCAUGGUGCUUUUCCUCCAGUCCUCCGCCAAAUUGAGUACAUGCUAUUCGUACGUUGGCAUCGCCCUUCGUUCCGCUCUUCGACUGGGCCUGCACCGCUCUGUCGCCGCGGAUUUCAACCCCAUCGAACGAGAAUUACGGAAGCGGAUAUUCUGGGUCGUCCGCAAAAUGGACGUUUACGUGAGCACCCUUCUUGGGCUGCCGCAGAUGCUGAGUGACGACGACAUCGACCAAGAAUACCCCAUGGAUGUCGACGGAGAAUUCAUCACAGCUGAAGGCGUACAGCCCAUGCCGCUUGACCGGACACCUUUGAUGGCUGGUUGUAAUGCUCAUACUCGCCUUGCAAAUAUCAUCAUGAAGGUGGUGAAGUACAUCUAUCCAGUUAAGAAUGCGCAAUAUCGCUCCGAGUCGGAUCACCGUUACGUGGUGAGCCACGCGAAGAUUCGGGAAAUCGAGCGCGAUCUCCAAUCUUGGAUGGAGGAGUUACCCCCGGAUCUUCGACCUGGCACCGAAGUCUCACCUCAACUCGAGCGUAUAAGACAGUUGCUCCGUAUUAGCUACGCACAUGUGCAAGUCGUCAUGUAUCGACCUUUCUUGCACUAUGUUUCCAGUGGGUCGCAGGCGCAAGGCGUAGAUAAACGGUCGUACGCAUGCGCCGCGGCUUGUGUCAGCGUCUCUCGUAAUAUUGUCCAUAUUACCACAGGGAUGCACAAGAGAGGACUCCUCAAUGGUUCCUAUUGGUUCACGAUGUACACUACCUACUUCGCCAUUCUCUCCCUAAUCUUCUUCGUUCUCGAAAACCCCGACUCGCCCACCGCCAAGGAUGGCGUGCUGAAGGACGCCAUGGAAGGUAAAAACACCUUGGCUGGGUUGGCCAAGAAGAGUCUGGCCGCGGACCGAUGUUCGCAGAGUCUUAACUGUCUAUUCAAGAACCUACCCGAACUGCUCAAAAACCGACAGAGCUCGGUCACUCCUGUUAAUCUCAAACGUCCUGCCCCAUCUAGCAAACCAAUCAAUCCCAGACCUACGAUUCCGGCUGAGAUGCGCGCACCCCAAAGAGCAAACACGACUCCGAUCCAGAUGAUGGCAAGGGCUCAAAGAGCUGAAGCGCGACCAAGGAGCCUGGACGAUGGUCAUGCACAUAGAGGCCAUAGCCGCACCAACAGCGACGUGCACAGUAAGACCGCGACCCCAAGAUGGGUGCCUUCGACACCGGAUUCUGCUGCAGCGGAGACUAGAUCGUCGACCCCAUCCAACACCAAUUUCUCGACACCCUCUCCCAUCCAACAAACAGCGGCGAGACGGGAUGCGUCACCGGCAUUCCAGUUCCCUCAGCAGUUCGCCAACUUUAAUAAUGUCCCUGACUUGAUGCCCAUCAUGUUCCCAUCAGAUGACCCAUUCGCAUACCCCACGCAACCAAUGUCGACAUUGGAAGAUGGGCACUUCUCAUUUGAGCAACAAUCCGGGAUGCCGUCUACUACUACGAUGGCGGGAAAUCCUAACGCUAUGGGCCUGUCGACCCCGACUUUGGAGAACUUUUCUAAUCUCUCUUUGUUCGCCAACGGCACUGGGACUCCUACGGGAAUGAACCCCGCGAUGGCAAACCGCUUUGCCAAUAGCCAACAGCCCAAUCAAUCCCGGCUCCAGUCACCCAUAUCCUGCAUGUCACCAUCUGGCGAAGUUGUUAGCAGUCCUGAUUUGGUUUCUAUUCCGAACCAGAAUUUCAUGUGGCAAGGGUAUAAUUUCCAGCCCCAGAACUGGACCGGCGACCAGCAGACCCAGCCGGACCAGCAGCCAAUGCCCGCACCCAACGGUGUGCCGGAUGUACCCACAGGAGUCGACGAGAACAAUCCGACGGGCAUGGGCAUCGAUCUGGGAAUCCCACUGGACGACAUCUUUGGUAGUAACGAGGCGUACCGGCCGGCCGGUAAUCUCAAUGAGGAUUGGCUUCAGUGGAUGAAUGUGGGGAAUUAG